AUGGAAUCUUUUCCAGUCCAGGAGCCAAAUUGCGGCGAACCUCGGAACCCGUACUACGAGAAGGACAUUCUGCAAAUUUUGAGGUACAACAAAUGGAUCCUGAGCUCCAUCGGCAUCUGGCCGAUCCGAUCAGGCGACACCAAUCGAUACCUGCCGAAACUCGUGAUCGGUUUAUGCAACGGGAUACUGUUCUUCGCCAUAGUACCGUGCACCUUGCACAUCACGUUCGAGCUGAAGGACACGGUGAUGAGAUUGAAACUGCUCGGUCUGUUGACCUUCUGCGUGACGUCUUUUUUCAAGUAUUGGGUGCUGGCCGCGUGUAGAUCGGGACUGAGGGAAUGCGUCGAAUGCGUGCAGAACGACUGGAAACAGGUGGAGCGAGGAGGAGAUCGCGAAUCCAUGCUGAAGUACGGUAACGUGGGCCGAAAUCUAACCUUGCUCUGCCUGGUGUUCAUGUACACAGGCGGUAUGAUGUACCACACGCUCGUACAGUACGCGAUCGGCUCGUUCGUCGACGAACAAAAUCGCACGAUCAGGCCAGUGAUUUAUCCCGCGUACAGCGGUCUCUACGACCCGCAAAGAACUCCCAUUUACGAGCUGGUGUACGGCUUGCACUUUAUGUGCGGAUACGUUAUUUAUUCCGUGGCGGUCGGCGCUUGUGGAUUGGCAGCGUUAUUCGUCACGCACGUCUGCGGUCAGAUCAACAUCAUCAUGUCCAGGUUGGAGAACCUCAUUGACCGGAAGAAGAACACGGACCCAGGACAACGAUUAAUAGAGAUCGUCGAACACCAUAUACGAACUUUAAGAUUCUCGACAAAGAUAGAGAGACUUCUGCAAGAAGUAUGCUUUGUGGAAUUCAUUGGUUCUACUUUUCUGAUAUGUCUACUCGAAUAUUACACCAUAACGGAUUGGGAGUUCAACAAUACGCUCAGUCUUGUUACGUAUUUUAUACUACUGAUGUCUCUGACGUUCAAUAUAUACUUACUCUGUUACAUUGGUGAGCUUCUGGUAGAGAAGACCAGUAAUGUUGGACUAUUCUGUUUUACGAUUGAUUGGUACUGUUUGCCCACCGAAACGGUACGCGGUCUCGUUUUGAUCAUCGCCAUGUCGCGUAAUCCGGCGAAGAUUACUGCCGGACGGGUAGCUGAUUUAAACUUAUAUACUUUCGUGACAGUCCUCAAAACAUCGUUGGCCUACUUAAGUUUUCUCCGAACAACUGUUAUGGAAUAA